AUGAGCUUGCUGCGUGUCUUGGCCACCAGCCUGUCAGCAGCCUGCCUCAUCAAGCCAGUCAUAGCACAGACUACAGCGCCAGCUUGGGGACAAUGUGGUGGCACCACGAGCUGCGUCAGCGGAUACACCUGCUCAGUUCUUAACCCUUACUACUCUCAAUGUAUCCCAGGAUCCAAUAUUCUUACUACUACGUCUGUUAGAUCCGCCUCGACUUCAACCGCUCCCAUCGCAACGGCCACCAGUACCCGCACCACUUCCCGUGCGACAACCACUCUCGUGACCGUGACCACAACGGCUGCAGGCAAUGGCGGCGGCUCCGUCCCUACAACUCUAGUCUCUGGGUGGUCUUGGAUCCGCGCUGUGGCUUCGCCCAACUUCCAUAGCUACCUGCAGGCGAAGCCCACCGGUACGCCCAGCAAAGCCUACCUCGAUUCACCCACCAGCGCGGGCCAGUUCAAAGUCGAGGAAGGCCAACUCGUCUAUCUGACUGGAUCUUCAUCGCUUUAUCUUAAUGUUGAGAACCCGACAGACAAGACUCAGAGAAAGCUGCAGACGUGGUUCAGUGCAAGCAAGAACGCAUAUGGAACGUUUGCCUUCCAGGGCGAUACGGUCACGUGGAGCACCCCCGAUAUCGCCAGACCCAACGUGGCCGCAUGGCUUGUCUGUGAGAACCAAGAGGUGUUUAUCAACACGGGGGCAUAUCUGUAUCAGACUCCCGCCGGUUGCUCUGACCAAACCAUACACUCGUAUGGUGGCUCGACAGCAGACCUCUAG